AUGUCUUUAUUCAAGGCAUUAAAUUUAGAAGAUGAGGUUGGUACCGGAAAUAAUACAGUCCAAGAACAAGAGGAACAUACUAGAGAACUUCAAGUUGAGCAAGGUUUUAGGAUCUAUGACACUGCUUUAAAUUUCUACAAAGAUAAAGAGUAUCAAAAGGCUAAAGCUACUUUUGAAGAUCUAUUCCAAUUGGAGAUUUUAAAACCAAAUUAUUUUGGUUACUAUUUAUACAAUUCAUCGACAUUAGACAAGUUGAGAUAUCUAUGUUAUAGAAACAGAGGUUUUUUAUACUAUGAGUGUUUAACUGAAAAUUACCAAAACAUGCAAUCGGAAGAUAUUGUAGAAGAUAUCUUAAAAUGCAUCACUGAUCUAUUAGAGGCGUUGCAACAUGGAACUCCAGAUUAUCAAUGUACCGAACUAUUGGUAGAUUUAUUUCAAGCCUUUAAAAGUAAAAAAUUACAACGUUGGAUCCUAGAAACCGAAUUGACAAGGGAUAGCCUCAUAUCAAAUUCAAGAACAUUGUUGCCUCAAUGGAAAAAAUUUAUUACAAAAGAACAGCAAAUCUUAAAAGAGACUAAGGAUGAGGUAUUUUCCGUUUUUUUGGAAAAUCUUUUUCUAAAAAACAAAACCAACAAUAACAUAAACAACACUUCAACUUAUAAAAUUAAUGAAAAUAUAAAUCCAUUGUUGCUAAAAAUCAGCGAAAUGAAAGCACAAGAUGAUAAAAUGAUCAAGGAACUUUCCAUCUACGAAAUUAUUGUUGAAGAAAGUUCAUGGGAUUCACUUUUUAUUGGUUUUAAAGCUUUGACUCCAAAUAAUAAACUACCGAUUAUGCCAACUAAAGUAAAUGAUUCAUACUCUGAAGUUGACGAAUCUAUUGAGUCAGUAAAGAUUUUGGUCAAAAAUAAGAAGCAAAAAACGCCUGAACUUGUAAAAAAGGAGGAUAGCAAAUCUGCUGUAACAAACAAAGAGGAGUAUUCUGUUCAAAACACAAACAAAAGGUCUGCAGAAGAAAGAAUAGUUCAAAGGGUUAGCAAACGAGUUCGUGAACGAAACAACAGUUCUGAGAAAGAAAAUAAUGUGAAUCGUAUAUUUUUGUCAGAAUUUAAUAAAUCAUUGAAAGCUUUGGGCUUUGAUGGUAUUGAGGAGGACCUUUUUUUGUCAGAAAAUGUUCCCUCAACAUCAGAAAUGGCAGUGGCCAUCAAAGAUUUUUACGAUUGUUUAUCAAAUUGGUCGAAUAAAUAUGUGGACAUAUUAAAACAAUCUUCUCCGGAAUACAAUACACAAAAUUCGAAUGAGCUUGAAGAAAUCGUGUGUAUCUUAGGAACAAGUGCUUUUGGUGAUGAAGUUAAUAAUGCGCCAAUGAAUGUGUUACAUGACCAACUUUUAGAUGAAUUUAUUUCUGAAGUAAACCAAUGUCACCCGCACUUUCAGCAGCUAAGAAUAAAGCUACUGUUUACAUUACUAAGCAAACAUGGUUCUGUGUGUCUUGUAACAGACACGCUUUGGUCAGCUGAUAUGUAUGAAUAUGUAGAAUAUUCUGUUGUGCUUUUGGAAGAAGAUUUAUUUGAUCUUAUUGUCGACUGUGACAAUAAAUACUGUUUGUUUGCUGUUUCUAUAAUUGAAAUAUUAGUAAAUUUGUUUUGUAGAAUGACAAAAGAAUUGUUAAAAAAUAGCUAUCCAGACCAAAAGAAAAAUGAACUUGAAGAGAACUUAACUUUUAUUUCGAAUAAGAUUGAGAGAUGGGACAAUUUUUUACGGCAACAUACAAGUAUAUCCCGGUAUCAAUGGGCAAUGUUAUACUUUUGUCAGGCAUUUGAUCAAGCAAACGACAUACAGAUGAUUAAAAGUUUGGAAAGCAUAAAAAAAAAAUUGAAAGCUGAAGAAAUAUCGGCUAAUUGUAAUUAUAGGUACAUACCCAGUUUAACGACCGUUAAUAUUGAAAAUGAGAUAUCUAAAAUAAAUAUUCUCAAGAAAUUUCGCGACCCAGAGAAUCUAAAUCGAGCUGAGAAGUUGAACUCUUUACUAAAGAUUUUGAAUACAACCGGCAACAAAGAAAAUUUGAAUUCUGAGGAAAUAGUUCUUUAUAAUUUUAUUGAGAAAUGUCCGUUUAUUUUUAAGCUUCAAAUAUGGGAUAUCAUAUUCCAUUAUUUAAUAACAAAAGGUAAUGCUAAAGAUGCUGAACACAGUUACUUUAAACUUUUAGCAGAAAUUUUUGGAAAUAUUAAGUCUGAUAGAUACAAAGCUAUGAGUCCAUCACAAAGGCGUACAGUUUUGAUAGUAACAUUAAACAAUCUUGGCAGAUUUACAAAAUACUAUACACAAAUUUUAUUAGACGCACCUUUAGUUGUUUUAGAGUUGGAUACUUGUUGUACGAAUUUGCUAUUUUUGGUUGAAGCUUUCCGUUUCUUCUAUUCUAUUAUUCAUUAUGAAAUGAUGUGCCUCAAAGACUCUAGUAUGCACUCUUUUUUCAAGAAAGCUGAAAAAUCUUCUCAGAUUUUAAAAGAAUUGUUCGCCAACAUUGCAGCCAUUCUAAGUUACUGCUAUUAUCAAUGUUGUAUCUAUAAACAUGUUUCCGAUUUAGAACCUCUAGUCUGCGAAUUUUUUAGCAAUUUUCACCAACUGAUCUAUUCGUUUGGUUUUUGUGAUUCAGGAUUAUUUUUACAGCUCAAUGAGAAAAUUAUAUAUACUUUCCACUCAGAAAUUACAUUCGAUUAUCUUCACCAAGUUUUAUACUGCAGGUACCAUGUCCAUAUUACCAAUUCCGAACAUUCUCAAAUUGAGUUACAUAAUACUAAAAAAUCUGUUAUGUCCAAAAAAAAUGCCUUGGCAUUGGCUCGGUUUAUCGUAAGAUACCAAUAUGGAGACUUGAAUCCAAUGUUUGGCCCAUUAAACAAAGCAAGUUCUAAACAGUCUUUAGACAUGAUUUUGGAGGUUAUUGGACAACCCAAUUAUGAAUCCAACUAUAUCAUAUCCAGAAACAAUUGUUAUUUUAAAAAAUAUUUAGAGAGCCCAAUAACUGUGGAUUUGCUAAGAGCGGCACUUAAUGGAAAAUUAGAUAUUGGUAUAAUAUAUGCUGAGGAUCCAUAUCAAGAUUACAUUAAAUCGAAUGUUUUUUUUGUAUUUGCUGUACAACAGCUCAAUAUAUAUAAAAUAAGAAAGAAAAGCAUGCAAGCUCGACCAUCAGAGUUGGACACAGUUAUCAUGCAUUUAAAAUCAGAUAUAAUUUUUGAUAGCGGAAAAUUUGAAUCAUGGUUUUUAUUGGCAAAGUGUUACAAUUAUAUCGUUGAUGACGAUAUGACAUGGACAUCAGAUAAAUUAAUUGUUUUUGAAAAGAAAAAAAGUAUUUCGAAAUUUCAGAGGUAUUCUAUUUUAUGUUAUAUGAUGGCUAUCAGUUUGUGUCUACAAAAAAUGCCUAAUGCUAUUAUAGGAGCAAAUAAAGAGAAUCUAUUCUUACUCUGUGAAAUGCUAGAAGCCUUGGGUUCUAGUUUAACUAUGGGUUAUUUAAAACCCAUGGAAGGUUUGUGCUUUAAGCGUGAAACUAUGAAAGCAUUAUUUAUGGAUGAAGAAGGUCAUGUAUAUGUGAAUGGGCCAAGUGAAAACCAACUAAUCUCGGAUUACAACAUUAAAAAAGGUAUAAUUCUGUCCUAUGAAAUGGCAAAUAAAACACUUUUGGCAACGCCACAGAUGAAGGGCAAUUUGUUGUGGGAAAUCCCAUACCAUUUUGCCAAAGCAAAUUUCAAAUUUGGUGCUGUAUUUGACGAAUAUAAAGAGCAAUUGUUACGGUCGUGCAGACUAUCUUGGGAUAUUAAGACACAGAAAAAUGAGCACAUAUUAGAACCGCAUUACUUUUUAAUUGUCUGCUGUUACAAGUUGGUUAAGAGAGAGGAAAUAUCAAUAGAAACUGCAUUGGCCUAUUUAUCUGAGGACAAUUUUGUGUUCCAAAAGGGAGAUGAGUUUUGGAAAGGCAAUGAAGAUACAAAAGAAGUUUUUUAUGAAAAGUGUAUUGAGUUAUUACAAGUUAUUAUUCAUUUGGACAAAAAAAAGUGGUAUCAUAGACCAAAAUAUAAAAUUGCUAAAAUUUUAUUCGAAGAUUUAUCUCAGUUGGACAAAGCUUUAACCCAGUUGGAAGAGUUGGUAAACGCAAAGAAUGUGAACAAGAAUUUAGUGACCAUUUGGAAACCAGAUUUCGAAAGGCCUGGUAAACACUUUGUGUAUACGACCGAAUACAUUGUUUUUUACAUUGAACUUUUAUUUUGUAAAAACGAUAUUAAGGGAAUCUCUCAAGUGUUGAAAAAAAUAAAAAAAUUUGGAUCGGGAAUGUUAAACAUGAAUGCAGUUCAAGAAAAGGCAUCAAGGCUAUAUUGUCAAUGUGUUCAAUCUACUUAUCAAAUAAAUGAUAAGGAAUAUGUUGAGCAAUGGUUGCCAACGGUCAAUUUUAAGGUUUUUAAUGUAAUUUCACAAAAAGUUUACGAAGAUUUUGAUAUAAAAAUAUAUGAUGCACAACUAUUAGAAGUCUUUUUAGAAUCUGUAAAUUUAAAAAAGGGGACGAUUAUAUUUGAUGGGAUAUGUAUUGGACUAUAUAUUAAAUAUUUUUAUGGGCUUGUUCUAGUACAAAACCAAGAAUUGGAGGAUUCUAUUUUGCAAGCAAGUGAAACACAACAAUCUGAAGGCCAUGGCAGUAUUGGUAAUCGGAAGAGAGUGAGUAAAAAGGAUAUAUUUGAUAGAAUAAACCCGUUGGUGGUGAAAAUAAAUGAUUUGCUGAAUAAAAAAGGAAGGAUAGAGUGA